AUGUCUGUUGCGGUAAAUUUUGGCGCGUCAGAUCCCGAUUCUUCUUCUUCAGACUUUGAGGAAGUGCAGUAUCCACCGAACAACUGGGCCCAGGCAGACGAGCAACUGCCUCUAUAUCAUAUGGAAGAGAAAGCACGGAGGAGGACGAGAGGAGUAGGACCCAGCUUUGAGGACGACGGGUAUGAGGUCGCACAGAAGAUGGAUUACGCAUACAACGACGAGGGCAAGGAUGUCUACAACAAAAUGCGCUCACCGAGGAGCGGUAUGGGCGGUGGACGACCACGAACAGCACCGCCGCCACCCCCAACGUCCAUCCGAGAAUUCCUACACCAAAACCUGGAACACAUCCCGCCUGUCAUCUACACCCUACUCUCCUGCUAUACCCGCUUUCACAAGAUAGGCCUCGCCGACGUCGUCGUAUGGGACGAAGCCCACUUUGGCAAAUUUGGGUCGCAUUAUCUGAAGCGCGAGUUUUACUUUGAUGUGCAUCCGCCACUGGGGAAGAUGCUGGUUGGGCUUGCUGGUCUGCUGGCAGGCUAUGAUGGGAGCUUCGAGUUCAAAAGCGGGGUGCAGUACCCCGAUACUGUGCCGUAUGUCGCUAUGCGGGUCAUGAUGGCGACUUUUGGUGUGGCCAUGGUCCCGCUGGGAUGGUAUACUGCUGUCGAACUUGGCAUGAGCCAAUGGGCUUGUCAUUUGGUAGCAUUGAUGGUUCUUUUGGACGUUGGCUGGCUAUGUAUCUCUCGCUUCAUUCUGCUUGAUUCUAUGCUACUCUUCUUCACAUUCUUAACGGUCUUCUGCUUGACAAAGUUUCACAACCAACAAUAUCAACCUUUCUCUAUAGACUGGUGGUUGUGGUUGACGAUGACGGGGCUAUCUAUCGGUUGGGUCACUAGUGUCAAAUUAGUUGGUUUGUUUGUCACGGCUCUGGUCGGUCUAUACACCAUUGAGGAUCUCUGGGACAAGUUUGGUGACCUGAAAAUGCCUGUGCGUGAUCAACUGAAGCAUUGGGGCGCGCGCAUAGCCUGUCUGAUCGUCAUUCCCCUUCUCACGUUCAUGGCGUCUUUCAAAAUCCACUUUAUGAUUCUCAACCACUCAGGUCCCGGCGACUCCCAGAUGAGUUCUCUUUUCCAGGCAAAUCUGGUCGGAAACGACUUCAAGAACAGCCCACUCGAGAUCGCAGUCGGUUCGAAGGUUACACUGAAAAAUGUCGGCUAUGGCGGUGGUCUUCUACAUUCACAUGUACAGACAUACCCAACGGGAUCUACGCAGCAGCAGGUCACCUGCUAUCAUUACAAGGACGACAAUAAUAACUGGCUAAUCCUACCGACAUGGGAAGAACCCGAAUACAAUCCGAACGACCCGCUGCGCUUCCUGCAGGACGGCGAUGUCAUCCGACUCUCACACGUGCCCACCACUCGCAAUUUACACUCUCACAAUAUUCCCGCCCCGGUGACGAAGCUGGCCCACGAAGUAUCGUGUUAUGGUAACUCAACUAUUGGCGACGCUUCGGACUAUUGGAUCGUCGAAGUCGUAGGUGACAUCAAACAGGGCAAAAAGAUAGACAGGAUCCAUUCGUUGACGACGCAAAUGCGGUUCCGUCACAAGAACUUGGGAUGUUACUUGCGUGCAGCGAAUAGCGUCCUCCCACAGUGGGGCUUCAAGCAGAUUGAAGUCACCUGUACCAACGAUAAUGACCCAAAGGACGCGCAUACACACUGGAACGUCGAAAGUCAUUGGAACGACCGACUUCCCCCGGGCGACAUGAAAUUCUACAAAUCUCCUUUCCUGCGGGACUUUUGGCACCUUAACGUUGCAAUGAUGACCUCCAACAACGCCCUAGUCCCAGAUCCAGAUAAAGAAGAUAUCCUCGCGUCCAAGCCAUUCGACUGGCCCUUCCUCCAUCUCGGACUGAGGAUGUGUGGCUGGGGAGACCAACAGGUCAAGUAUUAUCUCAUGGGGACGCCCUUAAUCUGGUGGGGAGGCACGAUCAGUUUGAUCCUGGCGCUGUUGACGUUUUUGGUGUACCUGCUUCGGAUGCAGAGGAAGUAUAUUGAUAUGGAGCCGAGGGAGUGGGAUCAUUUCUUGUAUGUAGGGAAGAUUGCAUUUUUGGGAUGGGCACUUCAUUAUGUGCCGUUCAUGAUCAUGGGCCGUGUCACAUACGUCCAUCACUACGUAGGGUUUCUUUCCUUCCUUCUACUUCCAACGCUCUACUUCUCCGUGCUGAUGUUUGCACAUCUCCUUGAUCACUUUGUCUUCUCUUCGCGUCAUUUGACGACAAAAGCAAAAUGGAUCGCUUUUGGGAUCUGCUCUUCGUCGAUAUUCCUGACAUUCUGGUGGUUUAGGGGAGUCGCUUUUGGUAUAAGUGGACCUAUAGCCGAACAUUGGGGGUUGCAGUGGCGUAAAAGUUGGAAUAUUUACAAUAAUUAA